AUGCCAAACGACUCUACCUUCGAUCAAGACAUCAAAGAUGUUCACCUGAUCUACGACUACGAUGCACAAGACGCCAAUGGAAACCCAGAAAAAUGGCGGUAUGAAAUGUGGUUCUUCAGCCAGGUAAGCUCACGACGCAGUCUCAUUACCUAUCAACACACACCCACUCACGAUGUCCACAGAACCGCAUAGUCUACGCAAUCCACGGCGGUCCAAUGGCGGGCCGCAAAAAUUUCCAAACAGCAACAUAUCAGUGCAUCCGACCCGGGGAACUAUGGCAAUGCAAUUGGCUCGAAGAAACUGGAACGAUCUGCUCACUUGUCUACGACAUCCCCAACGGGAGGAUCUCUACUCUCCUCGGAUUCAGUAGAGGGCAUUGGGAGAAUCCCGAAGCAGCGCAUGGAGACAAGCGGAAUAAAGACGAUUUUGAGAGGUGGAGAGGUCUAAGUAAGGUUGGAGGACAGGCCGAGAGGUUUAUGUUGAGUGAGCAGGCUACCAUUUGUGAGAAAUUCCACGGGUCUGGGGAGUUGGAGCCGAUUGACGAGGCUUGGCCGACGCUGUAG